AUUCCUUAACGAAAUAUAUGUAUAAAGUUUCUUUCAAAACUCUGAAAGAAAAUAAUAAUCGUUUAUAAAUUUAAAUAGCAGGCGUUAGAAAUUUUUUACUGAUCUCAUUAGCUUAACAUAAUGGAUGAAGAAACAUGUAGAGCACAACGGAUGCGAGUGGUCAGUUACAAAGGUCACCGUGUACGCCUUGUUCAAUGAAGCGCGCGUGUUUCGUACUAAUUAGAAUGCAUCCAUCCGCACCGGUUACGUGAUGAGCGUUACUGCAGCAAAACCACCGGCAGCAUCGUUUGCAGCAGCGAGCUAGUGCGGCAAUGGAGUAUGGAGUGCCUGACCAGCUGCCGGCGCAUGCUUUCCACGCGCCUUACCGGAAAUUCCACAGGAAUAAUUCUUCUGGUUGCCGGUGCGUUGGCGGUUUCCGGACUGUGGCGUUACGGAUUUAUCGUCGUCUACAGGAGCAACUGUCCGCGUGUCACUAACGCCACCACCCACUGCGAGCAUCGCAACCAUCUGAAUGACAGCGCGUUGGACUUGUGCCUGAAUCAGACGCUGGCGCAGAGCGGGAAAGAAAAAUUAUGGUUCCACGUCAGCGGUGAUUCGCGGACGCGGCAAAUCUUCCUGGGUGUCAGCGUGGCUCUGUCGCGUAUCUGGUCAACCGCGGAGAGUAUUUCGCACGUGGAUCCGCUGUGUGAGUCAGCACGUCGCGACCACUGUCACAUGAACGUCAGCAUCCCGGGUCACCGUUUCAGUCUCAGCGAGCGCUGGUAUCCCUCCGUGGAAAACGAGCGAAUGCAGCUGGAACUGGAGGCGCUGCUAGCGCUGCCGGAUGCGAGACUGCCGGAUAUUCUCAUCGCUAACUCCGGCGCGUGGCUCGUCCACACGUGUUUCCGGUCCAAAAUCAACGACACCCACUGCGCCGAAAAAUACCGCAGUAUGAUGUCAGCAGUGCUGCCGUUACUGCGCCGCUUAGCCGAACGGACGAAAGUCGUGUGGAUGCCGCAGAACCGGAUGAAGCGCGACUGGGGUCCACAGAAAACUGACCACGGCAAUGACCUUUUACAGCACUUCAACCGCUACGUGUACGAAGAACUACAGGACAGUAAGGUCGUCUACUGGAAGGCCUACAACCGCAUCUACGACUGCUUCGCCGACACGGAGGACGGCAUCCAUGUCGGACCGAAGAGUAUGCCGUGGAUGGUCAAUAUUUUGCUGGAAUACGUCUGUACCGACCGCUUUGAUAAUUCCUUCCAGUGCUGCUAUUAAAAGUGCCACGGCAAUCCGUUUUUAUUGUCACUUGUUCAAGAUUUAAAGAAAAACAGUGAAUCGUGGGCUUUAAUUAA